UAGUUUAAAUCACGCGUAAUAAAGAAAGAAACAGAAAUACGCUCCCUGCGCAUCGAGUCUGUAGUUAAGAAAGGGUGGAUUUUAAAAGAAGAAGAAGAAGAAGAAGAAAGGGGGGGAAAAAAAGGACGAGAACAAAGACAAAGUGCUGCGAGGAUACACACAUCUUAAGGAUCUUGGGGAUACUUUGUUUUCUCCGCGUAAACUCAAGGAGGUGCGAGCGGCUCCCGUCAAGUCAUGUCCAGAUCGGGCGACCGGACGUCUACGUUUGACCCGACGCACAGCGACACGCUGCUGCACGGGCUCAACCUGCUGUGGAGGAAGCAGCUCUUCUGCGACGUGACCCUCACAGCCCAGGGACAGCAGUUCCACUGCCACAAAGCCGUGCUCGCGUCCUGCUCGCAGUACUUCAGGUCCCUGUUCUCUGCGUCACACGGGCUCAGCAAUGAGGCGCUCGCGGGGAAGGAUCAGAGCAGCGGCGGAACCCCGUCCUCGUCCCCGGACGAGAAGCUCCUGGCCAGCCCGCGCUCCAUCAGCAACCUGGUGCUGCAGGGCUGCUCGUCCAUCGGGCUCCGUCUGGUCCUCGAGUACCUGUACACGGCCAACGUGACGCUCUCGCUGGACACGGUGGAGGAGGUGCUCUCGGUCAGCAAGAUCCUGAACAUCCCACAGGUCACCAAGCUCAGUGUGCAGUUCCUCAACGACCAGAUCUCCGUCCAGAACUACAAGCAGAUCUGCAAGAUUGCUGCUCUGCACGGCCUGGACGAGACCAAGAAGCUGGCCAACAAGUACCUCGUCGAGGACGUGCUGCUCCUCAACUUCGAGGAGAUGUGCGCCAUGCUGGACGCGCUGCCGCCACCCGUCGAGUCCGAGCUAGCCCUGUUCCAGAUGUCCGUCCUGUGGCUGGAGCACGACCGCGAGACCAGGAUGCACUACGCGCCGGACCUGAUGAAGCGGCUGCGCUUCGCCCUCAUCCCUGCCCCGGAGCUUGUCGAGAGGGUGCAGUCGGUAGACUUCAUGAGGAGCGACCCCGUGUGCCAGAAGCUCCUGCUCGAUGCCAUGAACUACCACCUGAUGCCCUUCAGACAGCACUGCAGACAGACCACAGCCAGCAGAAUCCGUUCCAACAAAAGGAUGCUGCUUCUGGUUGGAGGACUGCCUCCAGGUCCUGACCGCCUCCCCAGCAAUCUAGUGCAGUACUACGACGAUGAAAAGAAGACAUGGAAGAUCCUUACAAUAAUGCCUUACAACAGCGCUCACCAUUGUGUUGUAGAAGUGGAGAACUUCCUUCUGCUACUGGGUGGAGAGGACCAGUGGAACCCAAAUGGCAAACACAGCACUAAUUUUGUAAGCCGAUACGACCCGAGAUUCAACAGCUGGAUCCAGCUGCCUCCAAUGCAGGAAAGGAGAGCGAGUUUCUUUGCGUGUUGUCUUGAUAAGCACCUUUACGUCAUCGGAGGAAGGAACGAGACAGGCUACCUGUCCAGUGUGGAGGCGUAUAACCUGGAGACUAACGAAUGGAACUAUGUUUCGUCUCUUCCCCAACCUCUCGCAGCCCACGCCGGUGCCGUCCAUAAUGGGAAAAUCUACAUUUCAGGUGGAGUCCAUAAUGGCGAGUACGUGUCCUGGCUGUACUGCUAUGACCCGGUGAUGGACGUGUGGGCCAGGAAACAAGACAUGAACACUAAACGUGCUAUACAUGCACUUGCCGUCAUGAACGAUCGCCUCUAUGCUAUUGGUGGAAAUCAUUUAAAAGGAUUCUCCCAUCUGGAUGUAAUGUUGGUGGAAUGUUAUGACCCUAAAGGAGAUCAGUGGAACAUCCUGCAGACGCCCAUCCUGGAGGGCCGCAGCGGUCCGGGCUGUGCCGUGCUGGAUGACAGCAUUUAUCUGGUCGGAGGCUACAGCUGGAGCAUGGGAGCCUACAAGUCGUCCACCAUCUGCUACAGCCCGGAGAAAGGAACGUGGACCGAACUGGAAGGCGAGGUAGCAGAGCCGCUAGCCGGACCGGCGUGUGCCACCGUCAUACUCCCAGCCUGCCUGCCGUUUAACAAAUGACAGAUAAUUGUAUAAGAAAAAAAAGCUCUUAGGAUGGACAGAAAGGCCAUCGCUAAAAAAAAAAAUGAUACAGACUGUCUAGACGGACCGAUCGCGUAGGAGGUGUAUAAAUUAUUUUUUUACACGUCUGACGAGAGCACUUUCUUUCUUUCUCUUUCCUUCUUUACUACUUAAAAAAAAGAAAUACAAUGAAAUACAAUGUGUGUUGGCUUUCAAACCUUUAAUCACCUUUCCCUUUAUUAUAUUUUACUAUUAUUUGUUUUUUGUUUUGUUUUUUUGGCUUAACUCAAUAUCGCACGCAUAACUGAUAUAGCUUCCAUUUGUACUUUGUAUUUUUGUGGAGAAAAAAAGAGAACAUUAUUAUUCCGAGCUGAUGCAAUGUUGGAAAUUUGUGUUAACGUCCUGGGACUGUUCGACAAAAGAAUCGAAUCAUUCUGUUUUAGAGGAAACUCAUGAAUCCCGUCUUAACCGCCCUGUAGAAUAGAGACGUGUUCACCAUGCUCCUGCUUGUUAAAUAUCGUAGCCAUACUGUAUACGGCACGGCGUAUGUACAGAGGACGAAGGGGGAACGCAGUAGUCAUAAGUAACGCUCCUCGAAUAUAACGCAGACGAGAACUUAAAUGAACGAACAAUCAAAAAUCGUUGUUUACCGAGCCAUGUGCUGUGUCUGCAUGGUUUUAGCUAAGAACCUUUUUUUCCCCUCUUUUUUUUUUUCUUUCAUAUAUUACCUGUUAAUGUUUAACAGUGCCUAUUUCUAAUCCUAGGUUCAUUCUGUCCCAUUUCUUUUCAAAAAUAUUAUAUAUAUAGAUAUGUAAUAGCGCUGACCAUAACUGGUUCAGCAGUAAAUCUGACAAAUCUGACCUAAAAUGAAGAAAGACAUAAAUACCUAACUAGAUUAGAUAGAUAAAUAAAUAAAUAAAUAAAUACAUUUCGAUGUUUCAAAACUCCAGAGCAGCACUGUUAGCGUAGCCGUCGUCCCGUUCGAUCAGGAGAGGUAUCUAUGUUUAAUUUUCAUUCUUGUAAAUAGUCUCUUGCGGUGGAACAUUUUUGUGCCCAUGGGAUUUAUUAUCAAAUCCUGUUAUGUUA